AACAGGGAAAAGCGAAUGAUAAGCUUUUGAUAAAUAUUCACACCCGCUUGUGACAUUCUAAGCGUUGUAACCUUCUGAGGUUUAUAGUUUGACCUUAGUCGCAAAUAUGGCGUAAUUGUUUUGGUUUAUAUUCUCAUAGAUCGUGAGAUCCGCGAAGUCUCGUUGAGGCUAAGCUCUCAAAAAAUACUAGCACAAAUGCUAGCACUGAUGUAAAUAGAUCGAUGCGAGAACAGUCACACUCGGCGAACAUGGAAACUAUUGUAAACCACGAUGUAGAGAAGGUAGAUAAACUGCAGCAAGAAUUCAACGAGCUCAAACAAAUAUUGUACACAAAUGUGUUGCAGAAUUCUGCAAACAAUAAAAAUGUUGAAAAGUAUAACCGUCUCAGUAUCCCGGAAAACCUAACCACCACAACGGGGUUUCAAAAUAAGAAAGGGCACAAAACAAAUAGCAAGCGCAAAAAUCCGCCAACUAUAUCCUACAAGAGAGUACAAUCUCUUAAACAUGCUCGUUAGGGCAAAAAUAAGGCAGCGUUUAUAAAAAUGUACACACCAUAACGCAGUGAGUCGUGCAGGCCUGUUAUUUCUAUUUAUUAUCACAGUUCAACACGUGUCCUUCCUGUAGUUCCGUGAGAACAAUGUCGCUAGUCAGCGCUUCACAGCAGCCUUCGAGCUCCUUGAAGCAGUAGCACUCGCUGAUAUUUGCUAGCACAUCACGGCUACAGUUACCAAAAGUACACGAACAUGGAAAAUAAUUCGAUCGAAGGUAUGUGAGUACUUGGCCAUAGUUUUGACAGAUGAUAAUGAGGAGCGUGUAUAUGCAAAAUGCAAAAAAGGUGAGAACUUUACCAUUCACCAACACGCACUCUAUUCUCCAAGCGUUUCGUUAAAUCUUCUUCGAGUCGUCGCUUCUCCUCUUGUUCCUUGUGAUAUCUUUUUUGGCCAUUCUUCGUCUGCUAUCGGCUCGUCCGCGUACGGUUCGAAUGUAUCAUCAUCUUCACACGUAUUUAUAUUACUUGUUUCUUGGACGCCACCUAUCGCCUCGACUUCGACGCUUUCAAAUUCGUCCUAACUGCUUUCUUCAGCGUUUUGCUUACUUUCCGUGUCAGAUAAGUUUCUGCCAUGGAAUAUACUUAUUUGGAGCUAAUUUUUUCCUUCCCACCGGUGAAUCUGACGAUUUUCUUUCUGCCGCGAACGGACUCAGUUACUGAAGGUCAAGUGAGUGCACAGACACGAGAGUUCCUGAAUCUACGUCACAGACUAUGUCACGUGGCCCUAUUGUGAGCCCGUCGGCAUUCUUAUCAGUGGGGCGGAUUGACCGCAAUAAAAUAGGAUUUCAAAGAUUUGUAAAAUUCAUAAAAAAAAAAUUCGCGUUUCAUGCAAAUCGAAAAAAUUUUUCGCGGAAGUUCUUCGGGUGAUGUUUAAAUUCAGAUAAGAAAAUAAAAAAAAUUCUGUUAUGGGUACUUUAAACAAAGACCGUAUAGAUAAUUAAUUUUGGGGCUGUACGGAAAUCGUGCUGAGAUUUCUUUACAUAAUAAUGCACGAAAUAAUAAUAGUAGAAGUAAUAGUACACAAUGGUACACGAAAAUUACAUAAAGAGCAAAAUUCAAUAAAUCCGUGAAGUAUAGGCAAGCGAAAAUAGAAAGGACUAAAUUUCCCUUUUGGUCGCCAUUAUUUUUCAUGAGGCGUUUUCAUGAGGCGUUGUGUUGCAUUCUACAACAACUGCACACGCACAACAAAUUAAAAAUCGCUGACAAAAAGCUCUACGACUGCUUUGCAAAAUGUGAGAGCAUCCCCCCCUCCCCACCUCCAGCGGGAAUUCAGAGUUGGGAGUAUACGCCGUAUGUUCGACACAAGUGCAAAGAAUAUGAAAGUAGGAAACAGUUAGCUUUCACAAAUAUCCGUUUUCGUACUCUUUUUUAUACAAAAAUUAUAGUUAACAAGUUAAGAUAUUCAAAGAGAUCAGUGUGUUGUACGAUAAAAAAAAAGCUAUCAGGACCUUAUGCAGACAGGAUAAUAUUGAGAUAGUAACUAAAAUCAACACUUACACUAAAACUGAUUUUCUAAAAACAAAAAGUAAGAAGGUUGAUAGAAAUUUUCUUUUAUUUUAUCCUGCAGCCAAAUCCACUCUUUGGAAAUGCCAUUGAGUUUCCAAAUUCCAUGUGGACAGCUGGUUGCUGCGUGUGGAAUAAUAAUGGCCAGAAGUACGAGUCCAUCGCAGUCAUGGGAAACAACGACCCUAACAAAGCCAACACUGGAACAGUGUCGAUGACGACACUGGGUGUAUUAGAAAAUAUCUUGGUAGCUACAGGGCAACCAGCUGCUGAUCUAUUCCCGGGAUCGAACGGAGGCUGCAGAGCCAACAGUCAGCAGAUAUAAGCAGAUGCUUAAAGUCGGGACCAAGCUUGAUAAAAAAGGUUUUUCUUUACGCUAGAUUAGUUAAAUAAACAGCAAGUUUAAAUUUACCAUAUCCUAAUUCCUAAAAUUUAUAUGACGGGACGCCUUUUAGAACUGUCGUGUAUUAAUUGGUGGUUAUUCCCUCUCUUUCAAUUUAAAAAAACUUAGAAGUCAUACGAUAAUUUUUGACAUUUUGGAAAGAAACCUAUAAAUCACGUAGAAGAAGAGAUUUGUUAAACAAUUUAACUAUAAAAAAUUGCGAU